AUGGUCGGUGAUACUAUUCCAAAACUCGCGGUUCUUAUCGACGCGGACAAUGCGCGGUUCUCCAUCAUCAAUUUUCUUCUCGCUGAAAUCGCAAAUUACGGCAUAGCUCAUACGAAACGAGCGUAUGGAGACUGGAGCAGUUCCAGUCUCAAGGGCUGGAAAGACGAACUCCUUCAGCAAUCAAUUCAGCCGAUCCAGCAGUUUGCGUAUACCCACGGCAAGAAUGCAACCGACUCAGCUUUGAUCAUAGACGCGAUGGAUCUUCUGUACACCGGCCGCUAUGAUGGGUUUUGCCUUGUCUCCAGCGACAGCGACUUUACCCGGCUAGCCGCUCGUAUCCGCGAGUCAGGACUCGUGGUAUAUGGUUUCGGGGAGCAAAAGACGCCCAAGCCCUUCAUCGCUGCCUGCGAUAAAUUUAUCCACACCGAAAAUCUCGUGCAUCUUGAUGAGCUUGUGCCGCAUGCGGAUAGCACUAUCGCACCUGGGAAUUCUUCGCUAGCUGAGAAAGCUCAGAAUGAUAAACACUUAGCAAGUCGGCUACGAGCAUCGGUAGAAGCUGCAUCAGAUGACGAUGGAUGGGCUAGCCUCUCCCAUGUCGGUGACCUCCUGACCAAAAUAUAUCCAGACUUCGACCCUCGUAGUUACGGGUAUCAUAAACUCAGUGAUUUGAUUGCCGCCUCUUCUUUGUUCGAAACCAGCCGCCGGUCCCUUCCGAAGAACUUGUCUACAGUGAUUUAUGUACGCGAUCGGCGCCGAAAGUCUGAGAGAUGUACUGAAUAA